AUGCUGAGGGUCGGGUGCUCCCCCUCCCCCCUUUUGCCCUCUGUUGCCUCUAGUGCUGCCGUCAACUUCGUUGGCAACGAGUCGGUCGGCACUGCGUCUGCCCCUAGCGGGCGACGCCGCACUGGCAAGGCAAGGGAAGCAAGGGCGCUAGAGGGGUUGGUGGGGGCGGUGGAGGGGGCAGUGGAGGAGGCGGAGGGAGUGGGCAUGGUGGUGGGAGUGGUGGCCGGGGUGGGGGCUUCGGUGGCGGCGGUGGCGGCGGAGGCGGCGGCGGCGGUGGCGGUGGGAGCGGAGGAGGAGGCGGUGGCGGCGGUGGCGGAGGUGGCGGCGGAGGAGGUGGAGCUAGUCGGGGUGUAUCCCUGCUAG